AAAAAUCCACGAGAAAUCCCCAAAUUCCAUUCUCUCGGAACCCUAAAUCGGUCUAUUUCUGAUCGGAGUCGAGGAUCCAAUGGAAAUUUCUUUGUUUUCCGAUACGAUGACGACGGUUUCUUCGACACACAGCGUAGUAUUUUCGAAAUCCCUUUUGAAUCGCCACCAUAGUUUCACCUCAAACAACCUCAUUUCGCUCUCCGACGAUCAACAGUCGCCGCCGUCCUCCACUUCCAUCUUCGUUCAAAUUUCUGCGGCGGUGUGCCCUACGGACGUCGUGGCUCCGCCUCCAGUGAGAUCGAACCGGAUCAAAGCGGCGCCUCGGAGGCUCGCCCGGAAAGCAAGACGCGUCAGGCGGAAAUUGGCGGGAGGCGGCGGGGGAGGUGAGUUCGAGCAUGUCUUUGACGGAGGGGACGGCGGCGGAUCCUUUGGCGGUGGGAACAGCUGGGGCGGCAGAGGUGGCGGCGGAGGCAUGGGGUGGAANGUCCUCCACUUCCAUCUUCGUUCAAAUUUCUGCGGCGGUGUGCCCUACGGACGUCGUGGCUCCGCCUCCAGUGAGAUCGAACCGGAUCAAAGCGGCGCCUCGGAGGCUCGCCCGGAAAGCAAGACGCGUCAGGCGGAAAUUGGCGGGAGGCGGCGGGGGAGGUGAGUUCGAGCAUGUCUUUGACGGAGGGGACGGCGGCGGAUCCUUUGGCGGUGGGAACAGCUGGGGCGGCAGAGGUGGCGGCGGAGGCAUGGGGUGGAAUUUCAACGGAUUCGGCGGGUCGAAUUGGGGGGAAGAACCCUCAUUCAAUUCCUCCUCCGAUCCGGCAUUUGAUUUCGUCUACAAGGUAUUGAGUUGGAUAAUGUUCUCCAAUUGCUUGCAUUUCGCCUUCACGAAGGUGAUCAAAACCGUGGUGGCCGAUGGCAAUCCGGCGAGAGAGAAGGUUCCGGUGACACUAACGGAAGUCUGCUGAACCGGUAAAUCCUCCACUCCAUCGGAUUAUUCUUAAUCUCCUUCAUUAUGCAUUUCAAUGUAAAUAAUGUACAUAUAUUCUUCUCAGUUCUAUGCAAUUCGGAUUGGCUAAUCAAUUUGGGAUAAUUUAAAUGCAAAAGUUUAUGAAUCAAAACAUGCAUGUUUU